UAUUGACAGCGGUUAAUCAUUUGAACAUCAGACUGUGUGUGCGAUGUAACAGUAUCUGCUGAGUUAACAGAGCAAAGACCAACGAGAGAUCUCGAAAAUAACCGCAGGACAACAGCAUCAUGAAGGUCCUCACUGUGUUUUUCUUCACCGGUCUUCUCCAGAUUAAUAGUCUGGAGAAAACACCAUCUCGACCAGCAAUCAAUCGACCCCAACCCCCAAAACCCCCGGUGAACCCUCCCUGGAUAUCUAGCUCUGUAGCAGAUACACCAGACAUACCAGAAAGCCAAAAGAAGCAAACACCUCAGCCACCGAAUUUACACAUACCAAGAGAACCAGCAAAUCCAAAGAUUGAACCAAAGCCUGACCAAUCAGAAGGAAGCACAGCACAAAUUGAGAACACCCAAAAAUCCGAACCCACUAAGAAACCUCAUGCCAAUGAUGGUGUCCUGGGCCCACAGCAGUGCUUGGAGCAGAAAUACACUCGCUUGUCUUGUGCAAAAGUCUUCUGCCCGACGUGGAUGAGAUGUAUCUCGGGAGAGUGUGUGUGUAAGGUACCGUACAAGUGUCCGCGGCAGGACAACCGUGUUUGUGCACUGGACGGAUCGUCGUAUUACUCCAUGUGUCAGGUCAAAGCCAUCUCCUGCAGAUCCAAGGAGCCAUUGUUCUCACACUUCAGUGGAAACUGCAAAGAGGGAGAUAAGGUUGUUGUAACGCUGGUUACAUCCAACUCUAGUAAUGUGAUUAUGAUACAAACUCCAACUUCAGCAGAAAAGUUGGUAUGUGGCAAAUACUGGGAUAAGGCCGCUGCUAACGUUGUCUGCCGAAACCCUGGAAACGCUGCCAGCGGUGCAAAGCUGGCAUCCAAAAUCUCAUAUUCGUCACUUGAAAAAACUAAAAGAUGGCCAGAUGAGUGUAUGAGUGUCCGCUGCACAGGGUCCGAGCUCUCAUUGGCUGAGUGUUCGAUCUCUACACCACAGCCAAUAACAGGAAAAACAGAUGUGGCCGUCGCAAACUGUUAUAAGGAACCUCAAGGUGAAUGUGAAGACUUCACCUGUGUGAACGGGAGGUGUUUAAAUUAUAGAAACACCUGCAAUGGUGUUGAUGACUGUGGAGACAACAGUGACGAGAUGUGCUGCCUAAGUUGUCGUGCAAAUUCUGCAUUCCACUGUAAAUCGCACGUUUGUAUUCCGGCUCAUGCUGUCCGAGAUGGAAUCAGGGAUUGCUUGGGAGGAGAAGAUGAACUGGAAGUAACAGAGGACCCAAAAAAAGUAACAGAGGACCCAAAAAAAGUAACAGAGGACCCAAAAAAAGUAACAGAGGACCCAAAAAAAGAAAAAAACAAAAACAGUCAAGAGUGGUAUUCGGACCCAAAAGAAGAGAUCAGAAAGAUUCGCACGUCUUUAGAGAAACUGGAAUGUGGCAUUCCCAACAUGGACUACGUCUACCGGCCUGAGGAAAAGAAACCAGUUAAGCGCACAAAACGAUUAGUGGGAGGAGAAGAGGCCUUACCGACUCAAAUCCAGUGGCAGGUGGCGAUACAGGACGAUGGAGUGAUCCACUGUGGGGGGGCGUAUCUGGGCGGCUGCUGGGUUUUGACAGCCGCCCACUGCGUCAGACCCAAACCAAAGUCGUUCCGAAUCAAGAUUUCUCUGUGGGAGAAACAUCGCAGGCAGUCGACGACAGACAGCAUUCCGGUGAAGAACAUUAUUAUUCAUCAUGAAUAUAACCCUCAAACAUACGAGAAUGACAUCGCUCUGGUGCAGCUGGAGGAACUGAAUCUCUCGGACCAGUGCAUGCAGGAGAAUCCCGCAGUACGCUCCGUUUGUGUGCCGUGGUCCACCGAACAGUUCCAACCCAACGAUACCUGCACCAUCUCCGGCUGGGGUCGCAACAAAGCUGGGAUGUCAGCAGCGAUUCUAAAAUGGGCAAAUGUGACGAUUAUCCCCGACUGCAAGAAUUAUUACAAAGAUCGCUUCCGUCCUGGAAUGGAGUGUGCAGGUGACCUGGAGGGGAAGGUGGACUCGUGUCAAGGUGACUCCGGCGGGCCUCUGGUGUGUAAAGACGCCUCUGGUGUGUCGUAUGUUUGGGGUUUAGUGAGCUGGGGCGAUAAAUGUGGGGAACCCAAUCACCCUGGUGUUUACACUAAAGUGGCACAUUAUUUUGACUGGAUCCGCUUUCAUACGGGCUGGCCAGCUGUUACCAAAUAUAACCAGUAAAAAUGACAUCACUCACCAUUUAUAACUGGUGCACAUUUGCUGGUUUAUGUUGCUAUCCCAGUCUGUAUGUGAUUUUGAAAAUGUUUGGUUUUGUUGCUAUUAAAAUACAAAUGAGAACUCAUUUAUCUGGCAAUUUAAAA